AAGUAUACAGAAUGCAAAAAUGGCGUGGCGACGAGUGACAAGGUGUCAGAGGGGGGUACGUAACUGACUCAGUUGAGCGCCGACUGUCAGAUGGUACGCACGUCUGUGAAAGAUUCUAAAGGGGACCGUGCAUUGGAAGUUGUGACAUGUGCUGACAAAACGGAGUGAAGUGUUUAUUUUUGUGUGUGAAUUAUUAUUGUUUUUAAGCUGGAUAAGGAUAGCGGAUUGUGGGGCAAUAUGCUCACGUCAAGUAACCAGUAUUUGAGACCGGAUUACCUGUCGCCGCUGCCGACUACGCUCGACGCAAAAAAGAGUCCUCUGGCGCUAUUGGCCCAGACUUGCAGUGCCAUCGGAGCAGACGCGCCAAACCCUAAACUCAUCUCGGCCGCUGAAAAGGCCAGUAAAAAGUACGACGACAAACCUAUACAUACCGACAACAAGCCCAGUUUCAAACCUUACGAAUCGUGUUUGACUUCGAGAGAAAAGACAAGAACCCCGGAAGACAGAGCUUCUGUAAAUACUCACGCCAAAUCACCUCUUUCGUCGAAGGGAAGCUCUUCAAACACUCCGGUGCAAGCUAGGUGCGGUAGUAAUCAGAGCUCUUCAUCUCAAAGGACUUCACCACCCGCAAAUCGCAAAACGCCGUCGGAAAAGUCAGACGAAAGGUCGAGUCCUCUUCAAAUGUCGCCCACGCCGGCCAAAUCAAACGCAGACGCAAUUAUCACUUCAUCUGCUUCCAAGUUAUCGUAUACACCUACUUCUUUGUCGUCCCACACUGAAACCAAAGAAACUUCAAGCUUCAAGCCCAGCAUACCUGUGACGUCGUCCGCUUUUCUCGGAGGCCUGCCUCACUCCGGAUUCCCGUUACCAAUGGAUUUGAUGACAAGCAGUCUAAUGGCCGCACAACACCACGCCUUGAAAAAUGGAUUGAAUCCGUAUUUAGCUUACGCGAGGAUGAAAGCGCCCGGGAGUGAUUUAGGAAUAUGCAGAGACCCUUACUGCACAGGCUGCUCUCUAAGUUCACACUUGCUGAAAUCUGCCGUGUGUCCUGCUGGAUGCGCACAAUGUGACCAUGCCAAAACACCUUUCCCGUUACCGACUAGUCACCCGGCAGCCGCGGCUUAUGCUCACGCUCAACUAGCCGCACUAGCAGCGGCAUCGCAGCUACCGUAUGUAUGCAGCUGGAUGGCAGGUGACUCCGCCUAUUGCGGAAAGCGGUUCUCAACUUCGGAAGAACUGCUUCAACACCUUAGGUCACACACAGCGAGCGGUGAAUCAAGUCCGAGUCUGUCUAUGCUCAGUGCAACCCAUCCCUUACUUCAGAGGACGUACCCGACGCCUCCGCUGUCUCCGCUCACGCCCAGGUUCCAUCCGUACAGCAAGCCUUCCCACCUGGUGUCGUCUCCAUCGCUGCCGUUCCCGUUGCCACCGCAUCCGUCACUCGCGGCAUAUUUCCCUUCAUAUCCACUGUUCGGGCCGCGGCCCCUGCACCCUUGAGGACCAGCGGCGCUCCACGGAAACAAAAAGGGGGGCGCCGAUCGCUAAACGCCCAUGCCAAAAGGACAUUCGGAACCGAAGUGCGUGUACAUAUAGCCUAGUGCUCUUCGGGUUUCUAGUCGGCUCAUAUCAACCGCGACGUGAGGGCCCUCAGGCGAAGGGCUGAGCAGCUGUGAUCUCUAACGUAAUAUUCAUAAUGAUUUAGUGCACGGAACGCUUCAAUAUGAACAUGCGUUUGAUUUUUCUAGUUAAUGGAUUUAUGUACCAAAUUUAUGUAUAAUUUAAUAACGUAAUUUAAGUUGUUGCAAGUAAUUAGCGAGAGUUGUUAUUUGUGUUUUUUUUUUAUUACUUCGAUAUUUUUUUUAUUAUUAUUAAGGGUUUACAUUUUUUAAUAACGAUUAUUUAGAAAAAAUGGACUGAAGACAUUUUCGUUUUUCUUAAAUUAGUAUUAUUAUUUGACUAACUUGUAACAUGGAAUGUGAAUUUUGUAAACUCAGCCAUUUUUGAGACGAAAAUUAUGUGACUUUAUAUUGUGUGUUACAAGUUACUUUGCUCGCUGCAUCAAUCAACAUUAGAUCUUUUUAUCAAAACUGUCAUGACAUUUGAAUCUCUAAAGAACACUUUUAGUACGACAUUAAUAAUAUGCAGUUUACAAUAAUAGCACGACACUGAAAUCUUUUAUUUAUUGUAAAAUAUAUCGCAAAGUACGUAAUGUAAUAGAAGUUAUUGUAUUGGACACUUACGCGUGUCUCAUACGGAAUAAUCACCGAAGAAACUCUUAUUAAUGAUCAUCUGUUACAAAUAAUUUGUUAUUAAAGGGAAAUAAAAUGAGAAAAAUAUACGUAAAUAUUUUA